UUCGAUCGCAACAUGAUCAAAUGGCCAUGAGCAGCUGGAAGUGGAGCUGUCGCUAUGCCAGUGCAGUUCAAGUUCCGUGGAGAGAAGGCAUUCCGCAGCUUGCUCAAUGUGACUACGCCAUGCACUCUACAGCGGGUUCGAACAGCCAUCUACGAGCAGGCACGAAUCAGCGAUACCACAACAGACCUUCAUCUUGACGACAAUGCGACAGGGACCACCUUGGAUCCAAAGGUGCUUUUGAUCCAGGACGGUCUUGUCCAGGUGCUGGUCCGCCGAACACCCAAAGCGGAAGGGCAGCUUUCAGGCUCCCUAGCUUUGGAUACAGUUGGAGGGUUGGAUGACGACGAUGACUUGGCAAUGGACAGGGUAGUCCAGCAGCACGACGUAUCUGGCUUGGGCCUGUCUUCAUCUGGGCCAACUCAUCGUUUCAAUCGGUCCUACAAUGCCGCGGCAAGCAGUGAGCGGAGACAGUUUGGCUAUGAUGGUGCCUCCGAUGAAGAGGUUGUGCAAGAACCACAAGAGCCUCCACCGGAGACAUACCUUUGCCAUAGGUGUGGAUUGACAGGUGCUCAUUGGGUCUGGGAAUGUCCCAGCAACGAUGACCCUGAGCAUCUUCGCAAGGUUCGCCCAGCCAAAGGCAUUCCAAGGCAAUUCCUCCGAAAAGUUUCUAUAGAGGAAGCGCAAGAGAAGAGUGCUGGGGGUGUCACACUCACGCUUCCUGGGCGCACGGGUCACUACAUCUUUGACCAUGAAGCAUCUGCUGAAGAAAAGAAGCGUAUCCUUGGGGAUACCGUGCAAGAGAAGGUUACCACGGCAUUCACGAAGGGCGCCCGGCGUGUGGAGGAAUCGCUGAAAUGCCCACUCUGCCAUCAGCUCUUUCGGCAGGCCGUGCUCGCGCCCUGCUGUGGGUCAACAUUUUGCAGCGAUUGCGCCAUUGACCGGCUGGCACACUCUGGAGUUGAGAGCAGUUGCCCGGGCUGUGGCAAAGAGGUGCUAGUGCACCAGUUAAUUGCCAACGAGGACAUUCGCCGGCAAGUCGAUCAGGUCACCAAAGCUUCAAAAGCUGCUGCAUUGGCGGCGCAGAAGGACCCUCAGCCGCAGAGCCUAUCCUUCACUGCCGCUCUCAAGGACCGCGUUAACCGGCCUCGCAAACAUGCAGAAGAACGGGAGUCUGGCGAAGGUGCUGCGCCGUUGGCCUUGACCAAUGGUACCGGCCCACCUGCUGGCAUCCCUGCAAAUUGGCAGCCGCUAGCAUUUGGUCCACUUCUUACCCCCGAGCAAUUCUUGCGCUGGCAGCAAUACUUGCGUGCUGGGAACUGGUCGAGUGCAAAGGGACAGUUUGAAGAGUGGCAGCGCAGUGUCAAAGCAGCAGCAACGCGAUCACCAUGGGGACCUUAACGUCAAAUCAUGAAUCAUCAAAA